AUGGGAAUCGUUGGAGAAGAUGGCGUCCGACCUUACGACGUCUUGGUGCUCUUUAUCUCGCUGGUGAGUUGUAAUACUAAGUUCAAUAAAUAUCUUAUAUCAAUAUAUUCAAUGUUCUUCACCUUGCUCGUACAUUUUGACCGAUUCCAAAAUUCAAAGGCCUACAUUUCGACAGCACUCGAUUCGACCGGGGGGUUGCGCGCUUUGGCUUUCUUCAUCUCGCAGAAAUCCGCCCGCACGCCGCAAUUGUCCCCUCCUUCGGCCGAGAAGACGGCGAGCGGGGUACAGCUCUAUACCACGUUAUACGUGUUCUGGUUUGUCGCGGGUGUUAUCGUUGGAAAUGACCCGAUCGUAUUGUCCGGGGUGAGCAAUUGAACUCUACUGCCUCCGCGCAGGUGGCCACGGCACUGAUCAAGCCCACUGAUUCACCAACACGAUCCAGACCGCCUUUUUGGGUUACAUGACUCGGGUCACGGGCAUCACCACCCCCACAGCAUGGACCUUUUCUCAAUUCAUCGCCGCCAACAUUGCCAGUGCAGCUCUCGUUUCGUCCAAUCCGACGAACGUGUUGAUCGCCGGGGUGAGUUCAAGGCUUUUCGAGACGGCCAAAGAAAGAAAAAGAUAUGAAAAAAAACGGAACCUGACGAUCAUCCAAAAAUUUUGCAGGCUUUCAAACUCAAUUUCUUGACGGGGUAUACCAAGAACACGCUACUUCCCUCCGUCAUCACGCAAGUCGAUACUACUUGUACGGCGUAGCAUACACGAACCUAAAUACGUCAUAUGUUUCUAUCGACAGAGCCGUCGUUGCCUACCCUCUGUUGCUGGUCACUUUCAAGACGUUGAAGCCACCUCGAAAGGAUGGAACCUCCGGCGCACCGGCGUACAUUCCCGCCCAGCUGACGCCACCCGACGUCGAUCCUCGCUCGGCAUUGCUGGACCCUAAGGGGGCAGUUUUCCACUCGGCCCUGAUGUUAGUCACGUUGGUCGUCCUCGUGGGAACCAGUUUUGUUAAGAGCGUCGAGGUCUGGAUGGUGACCGCGCCGGGAGGCAUCAUCGCCUUGCUGCGCGAUGUGUGGACCGAACGGGGAUCGCAUCCGCUGUCGACGCCCCAAGAGUCCGAGGGCAUCAACCUCGGCCGCGUCAUCGAAUCUACCUUCAGGUACGAACCUCGCUACUCGCUGCCUGCGUUUGGUCGAGCCUUCCGGCGGCAGUUUCCGACCACGGCGACAACGAUCUCGCGGUUGCCCAUUUCGCUGCUCCCCUUUGCGGGAGGGAUUUUUGUCCUCACCCGCGCGCUGACCUCGCUCGGCUGGACGUCGAUCUUUGCCUCGUGGCUGGCGAAGAUCUCCGUCAACCCGGCUGUGACCAUUUUUUUUCUCGGCUACUUUAUCGCGCUCGUCCUAUGCCCACUGUGCGGCACCAACAUUGGCGCCACGAUCCUGCUCGUCGAGAUCCUGCGCGACCCCAACUUUUCAAAUGCCCCUCACAUCGUCGCGGGCCCCAAGAUCCUCACCGGUGCCAUCUUUUCGGCCGCUCUCGCUUCCAACCUAGGAGCCUUUUCUUGGACCUUUUCAAGCAGCUUGGCAGGUCUGUUGUGGGUCUCUAUUCUGAAGCAAAAGGGGAUCCACGUCAGAGCGCGCGAAUUUGCCGCGUGGAACUGCCUCUUUUUGCCCGUCUUGAGCACGGUCGCGAGUGCCGUUGUAUUGCUGGAAGUAGAAUACUUUCAGUAG